UCCUUCACUUGCAGAACAACAUCACAAGAAUGAUAGUGGGAUUUGGGUGUGCGUCUGGAUGAUGGGUGCAGCCUGGGAUUCUCACUAUGGCAUUUGGCCUUGUGAUGAUAGGAGGAGAAUGCAGGUGGCUCUGUACCUUGUCAAAGAGCCAACAAAUUACAUAAGGCACAAAGUCCUCAAGAAAGCAAUUGCAAAUGCGCCAAGGUUUAAAGCUCAGACACUUGAAUACGAAGAAGCAAGCAAUAAGAAGGCAAACAAGGGGUUAAGAGAUACC